ACAAAUAUUAGCAGGAUUAUUAUUUUAGAUUUUUUAGAAAUAGCUUGGAAACAUAAUAGGUACUAUUGUAUACUGUAAUGUUUGCAUCGUCAGAAGUUAAGGAGGAACGUACACCUCGAUAUGGAGGAGGACCGCACGGGUUGGGGGAUCCUGAUAGCUAUAAAUUAAGAAAAAUUGAACAAAAUGUAGUAAUACCAAAAAUUGUACGAGAAAGAGCAAAAUAUGAAAAAUGUUCUGAAGAAAAUAAAGUUUUUGGAGAUUGUUGCUUAAAUACCGGAUUCUGGAUGUUUUAUAAAUGCAGAACAGAAGUAAAAGGAUUAAAUGAUUGCAUGGCCAAGUGGUUUGUCAAUGAAGAUUUUAUUAAAGAAUGUCGUGAUCAAUAUUUACAAGAACGAAGACAAUACAGACUAACAGGAAUUAAAAAAAAUGCAGAAGUACAGAAGAUGAAAAGUUAAAGAAAUUAAAAAAAAAUCAUAGAUUAGAAAGAACUGACCUAAAAUAGUCAUUUAAUCUGUAUAUUUUUGUUUUUAGUCACACAAUAUACUAUUUUUUUGUGUAAGGUUUACUCAUAUUAACAACA